AGGACCCGAUAGAUGAACCAAGAGGAGUCAUCACAGAAGACUCAUUACAGAACUUCUAGGUCACCAUGAGAGACAGGCAGCUCGCUGGUUCCUUGUGUUCUGUGUCAGAUCUGACCAUCACAUCCAAAAAUAGGUCAGAGGAAGUUGGACACACCUUCAGCUUUGAUCACCAUGGAAACAUUACAUCACAACAACCCUCGCAUAUUGCUCAAGGCACUGUUAUGGUUGCCUGCAACCUGUUCAAGCAUUUGCCUGUAAGAAGACAGAUAUACAAUGCAGUGAAGAAGAAAAAAGAAGAGCUUAAGAAAAUAGAGGAACUUUUAUACGCAUAUGGCAUCAUACACCCAGGUGCAAGAAUCAUACUUCGACAUAACAAGGAAAUUGUGUGGCAAAAAACGGGGGUGCCAGAUACAAGAGCCGCUCUCAGUCUAGUAUUAGGGAGGAGUGUAGUGCAGCUAAUGGAACAGCAUUCUGUGCAGGAUAAAGAUACAAAUAUAUGUGUUGAGUGCUUCCUCCCCCUUUCGGACUCUGAUGUCAUGGCAACCAGUAGAGCAACCAAUGACAGGAGUUUUCUUGCUGUAAACAAUCGGCCUGUGGUUCUUAAAGAAUUGGAGAAGGUAUUGAAGCAGUAUUACAAUCAUGAAAGGUCUAGCGAGAGUCGUCAUCCUGUGUACUUCCUUCAUCUUAAACUAUCAACCAGUGAUUUGGACAUCAAUGUGGACCCUAACAAAACCAGAGUGUUUCUACACUGCCAGGCCGAAGUUCUGAAACUUCUGACAGGAAUUUUUGAAAAAAUCUAUGGACCACUGCAACAAGACAAACCAGACAAAAACAAAACCAAAGAGACAUUCAAUGACAACCUUGAACAUUCUACAAUAUCAAAUGACUCUGAGUCAAGUUUUGACACAAGUUUGGAAAAUAUGCAAACAAAAGAUGUUCAAAAUUUAAGACUUAGUGAAAGCAGAGUUUCAAAACCUUUCUGUAGAAGUGUUCGUGUUGAGAUACAUGAACCGGAAGACAUUAACACUGUUGAUAACAGACAGUGUAGUGAUGCAAAAAAUGCUGAUGUUAUCGACAAAUCUCUUAGUUCUGGCUCAGACUUGGAUACGUUAGAAAAUGUUCUUCACAGGGAACAAAACUGUAAUACCUUGUGUAAGAAAAAUACGAGUGAAAAUAUUAACUCUUUAGAUAAGGAUUUAGAUUUUUCCAAUUCUGUUGGGAAACAUGUUAGUCCUGAACUUGAAGUUAUAAAUAGCCAUCAUCAAGAUGACAAUAAAGAAAACGAUGCCAGUGAAACACAAAAUAGUAACAUGACAUUUGAUAUACUUGAUGAUGACUUUAAUGAGAUCCUUAAAACACAAAGUAGUACAUUGUCAUUGGAUGAAACGCAAAAUACCGAACUGAAUGACACAGAUCUACUGCUUGGGGACAUUUCUCUGAUUGGAGAGCUUGCAAAGGGAGAUAAUUCUUUAAAGGAUGGAGGUGUUUCUGCAGUACAGGACAACUCCAGUAAUAUCAAAACCGAGGGUGUUGAAACAAGGAUGCUUGACUGGAGUAAAGGGGUAUCAGAGACAACAGGCAAUGGGGAAUUGAUACAACCUGUGCGAUUGUUGACAGCAAAUGACUGUCAUGGAAACAAGAAAAGGCAACUCUCACUUAAUGAGGACAGCAUGCUAGUUACUCCCCCUGCUAAGAAGAAAAUCAGUUACAUGGCAGAUCAGCCAAGUCUUUAUGAAGUUGUAGGGAACAGCCCUUUAGCGGGAAAGGAUCGACUCGGCUACCUCACAUUUGCUAAGGAAGUUAGACCUCAAUUGGUAGAAAAGCACCCAUCAGCAAGCUUCGAUAAAAUCUCAACAAUGGUCCGUUCAAAGUGGGCAGAGUUGUCGGAAGAAGAAAGACAGACAUACGAGACACAGGGGAACUCCCAGAUGGCGGAGUUAAAGAAGCGAGUCGCUGCAGGGAAGAAAUUGGCCAAUAAGAUGGACAGGAGGAUACAACCGGUCAAGGGGAUGCCCUCUAUUAAGGACCAGCUUCUCUCCAGCCACAAGAAGCCAGAGGAACCAAUCAAAUCUGUAUCUGUCCCAUUUUCGUUGCACCAUCUCCGAGGCAGGUACAAGUCUGGACUGCGUCUUACUCAGCCACAUAGUACAGCAAACAAGAGAAGGAAGUUGAUUGGUCCUUUGAAGUAUUACCAUGGUUGGGUGUGUAUCCAUGGCAACCUCAUUCAGCUAGUGAAUCCACAUCGUUUUGAAGAGACAGUUUUACACCGUGAAUUGAUGGAAAACCACAUCAUACCAGUGUCAAAGCUUGAGAAUCCUAUGGGUCUUACUGAAAGCUCUGUGGGUGGUGAACAGCUGUUUCAGACUCUGGUCAAGAUGAUUCCUCCCCAAACUUCACAUACAUACUCAUACAUUGACGACAUCAGGCUAAAAGCAAAUGGCUUUGAGGUGAGAUGUCACCAAGAUGGCGAGAGCAGACCUGUCCUUGAGCUUGUUUCCAUGGCGACCUGCAUGCCCACCUACGGGGUACCAGACCUUAAAGAAGUGUUAGACCUUAUAACAAACACUGGAGCUAGCAGCUUGUACCAGGCGCGACCUCUCAAGGUCAUAUACUAUCUUCAGGGAGAAGCAGUCCGGAUGGUAAGGCAACGUCCAGUUCAUCGUACAAGAGAUGAAGUAGAAGAAACUUUAGACCAGAUGUCAUCUUUGCUGCCCAGCGACUGUAGCACCUGCUUACAUAACAAGCCUCUUUUCCAUACUGUAUAUGACCUUGAAACUGUACAGUCUACUCAAUUGACACAGUCUCAAACUUGAUUUCUGUGUCACCUGCGAAGCAUACUAGAAACUUAGGGGGUAUUUUGUCUGGCGUUGUUGUCACACUAUUCGUUUCCAAUCAAGAACUAUUUGGUCACUAUACGAUUGCUUCUUAUUUUGGGUUUGAAGGUCAUGGUGACUAAUACUACAAAAAUAAUUGGCAUUCCUGACAGGUGACACAUCUGAUUUGUGUAAUUCUGUUAAUACUUUCAUAACUUUAAAACAAGAUGUUUUUACUGUUGACUAACAUGAGCCUCAGUUUACAUGGUGUAUGACCUUCACACUCUGGACUUGAUCAUGAAUGCAUGAUCUAUAUGUCAUGACAAACUGUGAUGCCAAGUGACUCGAGGCUAAACUGACCCAAUUUCAAAGUUAUUUUUUAUUGCCUCGGGAAGACUCAAUUUUGUGUUGUGUGUUACCUAGCAACUAUAGUACUGGCUUAAAUACUCAUGUUUGCAAAUUAACUUGUCAUUGAAAUGUUUGAAGCAUUGAAUGAACUUGGCUUUAACUCAGCCUCAAAUCAAGUGAGUUCAAAUCAAGGCCAACAGCUUUAUCCUGUUGAUGAACCUGACACCAUCAGCAAUUUUAAUAUACUUGAAUGCAUCACAUGGAGCCAACCACUUAAGAAGCAUGACUUAAACCCUUAAACUGACCAAUUAAAUUGAAGCUUUAAAAUAUGCUCACAAGAACAGCUCAGUGAUAAAGAAAACUUUUUGAAGUGUUGAAACUGAAUGUUUUAAGUUGUUGGAGGAGUACCAACUGACGGUCUCUUCAGUUAAAACUGACAUUUCGAUAAUGCUUUGUUUAAAUGAUUGAAGAGUUUUUUUCAUCAGGUUGAUCUUCAAACAGCGGUAACAAAGUCUGUUUCUUGCUGUGAAUGACAUUGACACUACCUCCAAUUUGGUUGACCUUGUCUCAGAGUAGAUAUGUAUGCAUGUUGAAGUGCUUUGUUUAAAAAGUCAUUGUACUUAAUUAAUUCAAUACUUCAUUUUAUAGAUAUAAUGACAUGAUAUGUGUUAUAAUGUAUAUAUGUAAAUAUCGAUUGUUCAAGUUAUUUCAGCAUUUUUACCUGGUUCACUUUUCCAAGAGAAAAAUGUCAUUUUUGUCAUAUUCUUCGUGUCAGCAGCAUCCUCAUGUAAAAACUUGGACAUUUGGCCAAAACUCUGUAAUGGUUCAAGAUAUUCACAUAAACUUUGUACAAAUGUUACUAGUGACACAAUGGGCAUGUGUAGGAAGGCCAAUAACACUGAAUCAAAUAUGUGUCGAGUUAUGCCAGUUGUUUAAUGUUAUGUUAUGUUCUGUUUAACGGACCAGCAUUUGCAUUCAUUCUGCUGUGCUCUUGUUAUAGGAAUGUUUUGUCCUGCAUGCUAUGGAUAUUUUAUAUGUACCUUAAUCUGUUGCACAAAGGAUGUUUAAAAUAUUAAUUGUUAAUGAUAAUUAUAUCAAAUGUAUAGAUUUAUUAAAUCAAUAAAUAAA